AUGUCCCAGAUGGUCCAGAAACCACAGAUCACUAACAAACACAUGCAACCUGCAGCCUCCUACGAGCAGGAGGAAGGGCAGGGCACCCAGCAGAGUGCUCCCAGUGACCACGAUACCUGCCGCCAGAAGCCUUACUGGGAGCAAGUCCGGGUGCGCUUUGCUCUUACACUAAAAACGCCCGCCGCCGCCGAGGAGGCUGAUGGGGGCCGGGUGGGCGCCGCAGGGGCGGACGCCUCUGGCCGGCGUCCCGGCCCCAGGAUGCUUUCCGAGAAGCGACAGGUGGUGCGCGGAGCAGAGCCGUGGGGCACCGGGCGCACUCACCUGGGCCGGGCGCCCACUGCAGCCGCGCCGAGGGCGGACGAGGGUGGCUGCUUCCAGAGGUGGGGUCAGGUCGGGUUGUCCUCACCGCAUUCAUGGCGCUGGCCGACUGAUGUAGAAAAUGACAGUCCCCUUGUGCUCCACUUUCCUCGUCUGCAAAAUGGGGAUAAUCACAGUGCUGACCUCAAAGAACGUCCCGGGAAUGGUGUGUCCUUCCCUGCAGAGUGCUCGGAGGGCCCUCAGCACCCGCUCCCGCCAGCGAGAAGCGGAGCUCGGAGGUCUCCCCCCUUCCCCGGGGCCCCAGCCCUUCCCUGCGGGGACUCUGCGCUGCCCAAGGCCCAGUGCCUGGGACACACCUUCCGGCCGCUGGUCCCUCCACGAGACCCCUUUCCACGUAAGGGGUGUAUCUGCAGCUGCCUGGCCAGGACCCUCUCGUCCCCAGAGUCUCUGUUCCUGUCAAAGAGGAGGACCCCAGCCCAGAGCCCAAGGAGGCGGACACGACCGAACCUGCCGAAGACACCCAGCCGGGAGGUGCCCGCGCCCGCUGCCACUGUGACACCAACACGGCCCUGCGCACCGUCAGCGGCUGGUGCAGGAGGCGCCUCCCACCAGGGUGAAGCAACGGCCACCAGGUGGACACCAGCCGGGCCGCAGACUGAGAGCCUGGGACCGGCCAGCCUGGUAUUAGGGCCCAGCCGUGGCUUUAGCGACCAAAGAGGACAUCAGGAGGGGUGUGAGUCCGGGGAAGGAAGCCUGGAUACCCACAGUGGGUCAAGACUCUCACUUUAUAACCUUCUGGGGGGUUCUAGACCCCUUCUUUGGGACCGUGCUGAGCAUGGCAUCACCGAGGGCGCAGCCCCCUCUGAUGGGGGGCGGCUCUGGCCCUUUCCCUCGGCGGCUGGGGGCUGUCCGCGUCUCCCUCGCUGCUCCUUGUUUGCGGGCAGGGUGGAGGGCAGGCGAGGAGCGAGUCAGAGCCAUCCCGGCACCCCAGCGCGCCCCGUGUCCCCCCCGGGCUCUCCCGCACUGUCAGGGAGGGAGCUGUUCCUCGGAGGGCACCGCCCCACCUCCAGCAUCCCCUCUAGGGGGCCAGCACGGUGCCCACCCAGACUCCACGCCCCGCCACCCUCUACAAUACGAAAGAUAGUUUAUUGAAUCUAUACUUUAACAUUCAAAUUUUCAAACAUAAAGGCUCUGUAACAAGCAUCACAACUUAGUAUUCUCUGUCAUAUCAAUAAAAUAAAGUGUACACUAGGGA